AAGGCAGAAAAGGAAACAACGACAAAAAAGAACAAUGCGUGCACCGGCACUGAAUGCGUGAAGCGACAAAAAAAAACACCCUGAAAGGAACCACAACGUGACAGAGCGAGUGAAAGCCGGGAAAGCGAUCCCAGCGUAUUGCGUUUCAAAACAGCAGCAGAUUGAGAGAAGAAGAUGGCUUCUCCCUCCUCCUCCACCGCCUCCUCCCCGCAUGGGGGCGGGACUUCACCAAACCCGCCAGACCGCAUUCGCCAGCAAGGUGGGAGUGAAAUCCCCCCCCCUCCCCGGGAGAGGUUGUUACGUCACAGGGUAACUUUCCAGGAUCAGAUGGUCCCAAGUCGUCAGGAGUCUGACAGCAAUGCAAGCUUCCUCCGUGCUGCCAGAGCAGGGAAUCUGGACAAAGUGCUUGAAUACCUCAAAGGAGGGAUAGAUAUCAACACAUCAAAUCAGAAUGGCCUCAAUGCAUUACAUCUGGCAGCAAAAGAAGGACAUGUGGACCUUGUGCAGGAAUUAUUGGAGAGAGGUGCAGUUGUUGAUUCAUCGACAAAGAAAGGAAACUCAGCCCUUCACAUUGCAUCUCUGGCUGGACAAACCGAGGUGGUAAGAAUUCUAGUGAAGCAGGGAGCCAAUAUCAACUCACAGUCCCAGAAUGGAUUCACUCCACUCUAUAUGGCUGCCCAGGAAAACCAUAUUGAAGUUGUGAGAUUCCUUCUGGAGGUUGGAGCUAACCAGAGCACAGCCACUGAGGAUGGGUUCACCCCGCUAGCUGUUGCACUGCAACAGGGUCACAACCAAGUCGUCGCCAUCCUACUGGAGAAUGACACCAAGGGAAAGGUGCGGCUUCCAGCCCUGCACAUUGCUGCCAGAAAAGAUGAUACCAAGUCUGCAGCAUUGUUACUACAGAACGAUCACAAUGCUGAUGUACAGUCCAAGAGUGGCUUCACUCCUCUGCAUAUUGCUGCUCACUAUGGAAAUGUAAAUGUAGCCACUUUGCUAUUAAACAGAGGAGCUGCUGUAGAUUUCACAGCCCGGAAUGGAAUCACUCCACUACAUGUUGCUUCCAAACGAGGAAAUAACAAUAUGGUGAAACUGCUUCUGGAUAGAGGAGCUCAGAUAGAUGCCAAGACAAGGGAUGGAUUAACUCCACUUCACUGUGCUGCAAGGAGUGGACAUGAUGGAGCUGUAGAGAUUCUGCUUGAAAGGGGAGCACCAAUGCUCGCCAGGACAAAGAAUGGUUUGUCCCCUCUCCAUAUGGCUGCACAGGGAGAUCAUGUGGAAUGUGUCAAGCAUUUGCUACAGCAUAAGGCACCUGUUGAUGAUGUCACUCUAGACUAUCUCACUGCUUUACACGUUGCUGCUCAUUGUGGUCACUACAGGGCCACCAAACUACUACUGGAUAAGAGAGCCAAUCCUAAUGCUCGGGCACUGAAUGGCUUUACUCCACUGCAUAUUGCAUGUAAGAAAAACCGUGUUAAAGUGAUGGAACUUCUUGUGAAAUACGGGGCCUCAAUACAAGCCAUAACAGAGUCUGGCCUUACACCAAUACAUGUGGCUGCCUUCAUGGGCCACUUGAAUAUAGUUCUCCUUUUGCUGCAGAAUGGAGCGUCUCCAGAUGUUUCUAACAUUCGUGGAGAAACUGCAUUGCACAUGGCUGCACGAGCUGGACAAGUGGAAGUCGUGCGUUGCCUACUGCGCAAUGGGGCCCUCGUGGAUGCCAAAGCCAGAGAGGAUCAGACGCCUUUACACAUUGCCUCAAGGUUGGGUAAAACUGAGAUUGUGCAACUGCUGCUGCAACAUAUGGCUUUUCCAGAUGCCUGCACCACAAAUGGUUACACUCCACUACAUAUUUCUGCCAGGGAGGGGCAGGAAGAUGUGGCUUCCAUUUUGCUUGAGGCAGGUGCUACACACUCAUUAGCUACAAAGAAGGGAUUUACCCCACUACAUGUCGCAGCUAAGUAUGGGAGCCUAGAUGUGGCAAAGCUCCUUCUGCAACGCUCUGCUUCUCCAGACUCUGCUGGCAAGAAUGGCCUAACCCCACUCCAUGUUGCUGCUCACUAUGACAACCAGAAGGUGGCGUUGCUGUUGCUGGAGAAAGGUGCCUCUCCCCAUGCCACUGCCAAGAAUGGCUAUACGCCUCUGCACAUUGCUGCCAAGAAGAACCAAAUGGAAAUUGCCACCACCUUAUUGGAAUAUGGAGCUCAGACUAAUGCAGUAACAAAGCAGGGGGUGACACCCCUCCACCUGGCUUCACAAGAAGGACAUGUGGAAAUGGUUUCACGCUUGAUGGAUAAAAAUGCCAAUGUUAGUGCAGCCACAAAGAGUGGAUUGUCAGCACUGCAUUUGGCAGCUCAGGAGGACAAGGUCAAUGUUGCAGAAAUACUGGUAAAACGAGGUGCAAAUCUUGAUGCACAGACUAAGGUUGGCUAUACUCCACUGAUUGUGGCUUGUCACUAUGGAAAUGUUAAGAUGGUCAAUUUCCUCCUGCAGCACGGUUCCAAUGUUAAUGCCAAAACUAAGAAUGGAUACACACCUUUGCAUCAGGCAGCACAACAGGGUCACACCCACAUCAUCAAUGUCCUCCUUCAGCAUGGAGCCAGAGCCAAUGCCACCACUGCAAAUGGUAACACUGCCUUAGCAAUUGCCAAACGCCUUGGAUAUAUCUCUGUGGUUGACACCUUGAAAGUUGUCACAGAAGAAGUCACCACCACUACAACAACAGUGACUGAAAAACACAAGCUGAAUGUACCUGAGACAAUGACUGAGAUUCUGGAUGUUUCAGAUGAGGAAGGAGAUGAUACAAUGACCGGUGAUGGAGGAGAGUACCUUAGACCAGAGGAUUUGAAAGAACUCGGUGAUGACUCUCUACCGAGCAGUCGAUACCUGGACAAUAUGAUGUAUAGAGGAAUAGGACGCCUUGGAGAACGCUCAGACAGUGGUGUAAACAGCCUACGAUCCUUCAGUUCAGACAGGUCCAACACACCAAGCCAUGGCCCAUACCAGAGGGACAGUGCCAUGAUUGAAGAAUUAAUCACAGCUACAAGUAGCCAGGUAGCUCUGGUCAAGGGCCCUGACAAGGACUCCUCAUAUCGCUUAAGUUGGGAAGGAGACAACUUGGACAAUGUGGCUCUUUCGUCGAGUCCAAUCCAUUCAGGUUUCCUGGUUAGUUUCAUGGUGGAUGCACGUGGUGGAUCCAUGCGGGGCUGCCGCCAUAAUGGGCUGCGAAUUAUUAUUCCCCCUCGGAAGUGUACAGCCCCAACACGUGUGACGUGCCGCCUGGUCAAACGUCACCGACUGGCCACAAUGCCUCCUAUGGUGGAAGGAGAGGGCCAUGCCAGUCGGCUAAUUGAAGUUGGACCAUCAGGUGCCCAGUUCCUUGGGCCUGUGAUUGUAGAGAUUCCACACUUUGCGGCAGUGCGUGGGAAGGAACGGGAACUGGUCGUGCUGCGCAGUGAAACAGGGGAGACCUGGAAGGAACAUCAGUGUGAAUAUACUGAAGAAGAGUUGAAUGAAAUAUUGAAUGGGAUGGAUGAAGUGCUUGACAGCCCAGAGGAACUUGACAAAAAACGUAUUUGCCGUAUCAUCACCAGGGAUUUCCCACAGUACUUUGCAGUUGUGUCCAGGGUCAGGCAGGACAGUAACUUGAUUGGGCCAGAAGGAGGUGUGUUGAGCAGUACUGUUGUACCACAGGUUCAAGCUGUCUUCCCUGAGGGAGCAUUAACUAAAAGGAUUAGAGUUGGCCUCCAGGCCCAGCCCAUGCAUGUUGAGCUAGUCAAGAAAAUUCUUGGUAACAAGGCAACCUUCAGUCCAAUAGUCACCCUGGAGCCUCGAAGAAGGAAAUUCCAUAAACCUAUAACGAUGACAAUUCCUAUUCCAAAAUACUCUACUGAAGGGCUAAUGAACGGCUACGGUGGAGACACUCCAACUCUCAGGUUACUUUGCAGUAUUACAGUCCCAUUUUUUAAAAAAAACGGAAUCAUUUCUGUCCAAAACGAAGAUGGAGAAGCGGAGACCGAAUCUGCUGAGAUUUCUUCCAUCAUAAAAUCGCAUCUUAUCCAUGAUGCCCCUGUACUAGCAAGCCCUGACUUGCUUUCAGAUGUGUCUGACAUGAAACAAGAUUUAAUCAAAGUGACUAAAAUUUUAAAGACCGACUCAAUGGCAGGAAGUAAAGAAAGCCCCAUUGAGGUGAAAGAGUUUGCAAAAGCAGCCGAAGAAGAAUCAGGUGAGCCAUUUGAAAUUGUAGAGAAAGUAAAGGAAGACUUGGAAAAAGUGAGCAAGAUUUUAAGAAGUGGAACAUACACAGGUGAAGAAGCUAUUCAAGAUGUCAUCGGUGCUGAAAGAGAUGAAGAUUUAUCAGAGGAAGACUGGAUUAUUAUUAGUGAUGAAGAAAUUGAAGAGGUGAAACGAGAGAUACCAGCAGAGGUCUGUGAACCUAUAUUUGUAGAACACAGGAUUGAUAGAGGAACCAUAGAGACAAUUGAGAAAGACAUGAGUGGCAUGCUGAAUUAUUUGGACAAUGACUUAGAUACAUUCUUGACACAUGAAGUAGUGAUACCUUCAGCAAUCUGCCAAAUAGAUACAGUUCAAGAAAGAAUUGAUGCAACGAUUGUUACCAAAGAAAGUAAAAAGGGAACAUAUCACAUGAUUUCAGAAUCAGUAGACUCCGAGGAGGGGAAAGAGCAUGAAUUAUCUCUCAAAAUCAAAGACGAAACUAAAUUAGUUCCUGGAAAAACAAAACCUGUGUUUCAAAGAUUUAAGGAAGAAAACACAACAAUAUAUUUUAAGGAUCCUGCAUUUCAAGGCUUAGCUACAGAUGAUAGGACAGACCUUAGAAAAAUGCAAGGGAAUAUUAGCACUGAAUCUGACUUCACAAAGGUAGAGAAGGAAGAAUCAACAUUAGUGCCUCCAACAGUUGCAGAUGAUAAUUCACCCCUAGUGGAAGAAACUCCAAUUGGUUCAAUAAAGGAGAAGGUAAAAGCUCUCCAGAAGCGUGUGGAAGCAGAGGAAGGACAACGUAGACAACCUAAAGCUCCAGUAAAGGAUGAGAUUCCCACAGCAUCAACAAAACAAGUAAUAAACAAAGAGACUCCAGUUCCUUCCACUGUUACAGAACGACUUGAAGAAACAAUGUCAGUGCGUGAACUGAUGAAAGCAUUCCAGUCAGGACAAGAUCCAUCCAAGAAAAUGUCUCGGCUGUUCCAACACACGUCUGAAACUUCGCACAUUUUGAAAGAAGUAAAGAAACCUGAACAAUCUCAUCCUGUAUGUGAAGGUCAACAAAGUCAACCUGAUUUACUCUCCCAUACAGUUGGUAAGAAAGCUAAGGCAGAUGAGUUAGAAUCUCCAUCAAAAGAAUCUCAGUCACAAAUGUUCAAACAAGAUAUCCCACACAGCGAGUACAAUGGCACAGUUCCAAUUGGUCCAAUUUCAUAUGACAGUGAGGAAGUAAGAAAAGAAGUUCCAGCAAAGAAAAGGACACCAGCAAGCAAAGAUAAACAGCCAAUAACAAUAUCGAUUGAAAAAAAUGAUCUGAGUUUUGCAACCUCCGAGAAAUAUGAAUCUGUUUUUCCUGAGGAUAUUGAAAAGCAAGCUGAAAUUCACAGUAGCAGAAUAGCUGUAAAUGCGGAUUUACAGAUCAGUCCAGACAGAAAAACAUCCACUGAUUUCACGGAUGUCAUCAAAGAAGAGUUAGAAGAUAAUGACAAAUAUCAGCAAUUUAGGAAAAUUUCAGACACUCCAGAAGCAGAACUCUAUCUUGAACAAGUAGUGACUAGUCCACUUCACCAUGAUCUGAAUAUUAGUUUCCCACAAGAAUAUGUGAAGGAUGGUUUUACACCAGAUGUAUCAUUGCAAAAUGGUGCCCUUGAUGACAGCUCAGAAAGCCUAAAACAUGAAGGCAUUGCUGACUCUCCCAGCUUUAGCUUAGGUGAUGGCACACCUCAGAUUAGCUCCGAAGAGAGUUACAAACAUGAAGGUCUUGCAGAGACUCCUGAAACAAGCCCUGAAAGUCUGUCCCUUUCACCAAAGAAAACGGAAGAUGAAACACAAGAAAAACAUGAUGCUGGAGAUUUUGUCAAAACAGAGAGUAAGGACCAAAAUGUUCAGAAAGACGCGCCUUCGAGACAGACCACUGAUAUUAUUGUUGCCCCAGAAAAGGAAGGUGAUCUUGUUACAAAAUCUUCUGCCAUGAUUGGGGAGCUUGUCGAUAACACUUCUUUGCAAAAGAAAAUGCAAACAUCUGAAAAUAUUGUCUCAACUGAAGUAGUUUCUGACAUAAAAGACACAAAAGAUUUUAUUGAUGGAACUGAUGCUGAACUGACGACAGACUCUGGCUGCAUAGAAUAUGAUGAGUUUCAAUCAACAGAGGUGACCCAAGCCACAUCCCUUUUAGAUGAAGUGGAUGAGCAGACCACUAGUGAAUCAGUCUCUGCUCUUAAAGCUGCAGAUGAUACUAGUGAAAAAGAUGGUUUUCUACAGGAAGAAAUAGCAUCUUUCCCCAUUCUGGAUAUACAUGGUGUUUCAUUGGGAAGUCAAUUUGAAGACAAAGAUGCAAACCUUUCUGUUUCCACAUCAGAAGGGAAAACAGAUAUCGCUUUGAGAGAAAAGGACCAAAAAGUAGAUUCACCUGUUAGCCCCUCAAUUUCACCAGGGUACAUGGCGAGAAGUCAAGGAUUAGAAUUAUGCCUUACUGGAAUAUCAUUAGAUAGUCUUAGUCCAAUGACAGAUGAACCCAUUGUCAGUCACAAAGAUUCUCUAGAAGCAAGUCCCACACAGGAUGAUAUUGACACAACUUCUCACAAAUCUCCAGAUUCACUUGAACCAAGCCCGAUAAAAGAAUCACCAUGCCCAGAUUCGCUUGAAAGUAGCCCUGUGGAACAGAAGUUAAGUGCAGCCCUUUCUAGUGCACAGCAAAAUGAGAAGACAGCUUCCACCAUAGUGACUGAGAAAAAAACAGAGAGAGUAGAUAUUUCUUUGGAUACUACAUCUGUAAGGAGUAGACUUUUCAGAGAUAUGCGGGGAGAAGGCCCUAUUAACAGAGAGACAAGGAAACUUUUGUCACCUGAAGGAAGUGCAGAGGAAGAUAGUUUGGAUCAAGUAUCACAAAUGGAAAGUUCAGGAAAGAGCCCUCUUUCACCAGAAACUCCAAGCUCUGAGGAGAUCAGCUACGAAAUCACACCCAAAACACCUGAUACACAUAUUCUGUCAGUGGCUGAGAAGCCCAUUGCAAUCCCUGAAAUCCAAGAGGAAAUUGAUGAUGAUUCACCAGAGAGUGAAUCAAAGAAAAGCUUUACACCCGAAGAAGAAAUGUUUAAAAUGGCAGCCAAAAUUAAAACAUUUGAUGAACUAGAAGAAGAUGCUAGGCUAAAGCGUGAAGGUAAAAAGGAACAAAAAGAAUCUGAAAUAUCUCUAACUCCUCCUAUAACUAAUGUAGAUGAAGCAGAGGUAAUAUUUGUAUCUCAUGCUGAACGUAGAAAGAGCUCCUCAUCUUCAGAAAGUGAGCCAGAACUAACUCAGCUAAGCAAAGAGGCUGAUUGUGGACUAAGUUUGGAACCAGUUAUUCGAGUUGAACCUCCAUCUCCACUUCCCCAAGGAGUUGAUGGUUCUAGCCCUGAAGAUGCAGAGUUUCGCCCCAUUGUAGGCAAAAAAUAUACUUUUAAGAUAAUUAAUGAUGAAAAGGAAACAAGUGCCCAAGUAGCAGAAGAUGAUAAUGACGUAGACAUAAAAAUAGAAAACAGAAGUUUGGACACAGAUUUCAAUGUUCUAGUUGAUUCACGAUCUUGUGAAGCAGUUCCGAAAGUUAUCGUAACUGGUGGAGGUAAUGAAAUUGAUCAUUUUUCUGAAGUCUGUUCUUUUACAGCUACUGAUGAGUCUAUUGAAGAAAUUAGUUCUUCAGAAGCAUCACGUUUCAUACCUGAAAUGCAAGAGGAUGAUUUCUUAACUGAGGAAGAUGUCCAACGUCUUGAGCGAGCUGCAGAAAAGAGAGAUGAGCUAUGGGUGGACGGUGUACCUGAAGAUUCUCAAGUAAAAACAACUGGCACAAAGCAACUAGGCCAAGAGGCAGCUGUGGAAGCCACCACAUCAAUUGACUGUGCAGAAUAUAAAGGAAUCUUUUCAGAUGAAACCACGUUCCAGGACAUAAUCUCGAGGCAAGAAGCUGAAGAACAGCUAAGCAAAAUAAUAAUAACAAAAACAGAUGUUGAUCUUGAUGAAUGGAACACUAUUAGAGAAGAUGAUGAAGCAUUUGCUGCCCGUCUUAAAGAGGAAGAACAGAAAAUAUUUGGCCUAAUGGUUGACAAACAGUCUCGGGGUGCUACUCCAGAUACAACACCGGUAAGAACGCCCACUGAGGAUGGUACGCCAAUCAAUGAAAAAAAUCCGUUCUUGUUUCAAGAAGGAAAACUGUUUGAGAUGACCAGAAGUGGAGCUAUUGAUAUGAGCAAAAGGACUUAUGGAGAUGAAAGUUUCCAUUUUUUCCAAAUUGGAGAAAGUCAAGCUGAUGAAGCUUUAAAAGAAGAAUCAAAAGUGGAGAAAAUUGAAGAGGAGAUGAAAUCUCCUGAAAUUGAAUGUAUGCCUGAAAGAUUUGCUCAUAUUGAGUCUCAUACUGAGUCUCAAUACAGUUUGUUACCAGAUUCCGUGUCCAAUAUCGAAUCUGACAUUCAAUCCCCUACUGAGUCCCAUUGCACAGAUGAACAAAUAGCUGCAAAAAAUGAGCAAAAAUCACGAAUUCCAAUCAAAAUGGGCAUUUCUGCAGCAACCAAGCCUUCAAAAAGGGACUCUUCAAUUCCUGAAGUGGCUGAAGUAAAACCUUUCAACUUUGAUCAUGAAGUGGAUGCUGUUACCUCUCCUGAGUCAGCAAUGACUCAUGUCCAGUUAGAUUUUUCCACAGUGACUCGAGCAGUUUGUUCACAGCACGCUGGAAAGAGUGAUGAUGAUUCAUCAGACUCAUCACCUGAAGAGCAACGUUCAGUUAUUGAGAUUCCUACUGCAAUCGUUCAACAAACUUCUCAGACAGAGGCAAAAUCAAAGCUUCCUGUCAGGCAUACUGCCGUUGUAACUGCAGUACCUCGAGCACCAACUACGCCUGAGGACAAGGCCCCUUCACCAGCUCGUUCAACUCCAUCAAGUGUUCAAGAAGGAUCUGCAGAUGAUACAGUAAGGUCAAAAUCUAGAAUUCCUGUUAAGGCUGUUGCGCACAGAUUAGACCACAGCUCUUCACCCACGAUGCCAGAAGCAAAAAAGAUUUCAGAGUCCGUCAAAAUCCAUGAUGUGAAAUCUAGAUUGCCAGUAAGACAGGAACCACGAAGCAAGUCAGAGUCUGAUGCUAUCAAUUCAGCAGAGAAGAAAUUUAAACUCUUCAAUAAGGGAAAGAGUUGUGAUGCUGAACCUGAUGCGAAAGAGCUAAUUGACCAGUCUAGUGCUGGAUCAGAAACAGCUGAAAGUACUAAACCAAAAGUAUUCCAAUCAAGACUUCCAGUAAAAACCAAAGCUAGCCACGGUCCACAACUUGCAACUAGUUCUUCUAAAGGCAACAAGGAUAAGUUCUUUGAACUGUAUAAACAUUCCAUUGAAUUUUUUGAAGAGAUAAGUGAUGAGGCUUCAAAGUUGGUAGAUCGUUUGACAGAGGAAGAACGAGAUCAUGAGGCGUUAUCAGAUGAUGAUAGCAGUGCUGUAGAUAGUUCUAUUGUUGAAACUGAGCAGCCCAGUGAAAUACAACAGCCCCUUCCUGAAGACCUGUUUGAUGUGAGACCUAUCUGGGAUGAAUCUGUUGAAACCCAGAUUGAAAGAAUUCCUGAAGAAAAUGGCCACGAUCACUUUGAAGCUGUAGAUGCUCAGGAGGACUCUGAAAGAGCUGAGCAAAGGCUGUACCUUAUUGCUGACCAUCUUGGAUUCAGCUGGACAGAGCUGGCCAGGGAUCUGGAUUUCAGUGAGGAACAGAUCCACCAAAUCAGAAUUGAAAACCCAAAUUCAUUGGUAGACCAGAGCCACGCACUGUUGAAGUAUUGGAUAGAAAGAGAUGGCAAGAAUGCUUCAGAUGAAAAGCUAAUGGAGACAUUGACCAAAAUUAAUCGAAUGGAUAUUAUCAGUUUAUUGGAAACUACACAGAUAUCACCCAGUAGAGAGCAUGCUUCCCGGACUUAUGCAGAGAUUGAACAAACAAUAGCACUGGAUCACAGUGAAGGUUUCUCUGCACUUUCAGAUGACCUGUACAGCCCAAAGACCAUGCGAUUUGGACAGCCAGCUUCUAGAGAGCUAUAUAGUGAUCUAGCUCAAGCAGUUCAUGAACGCCAUGGUGAAUGCUUUCAAACACAACCACCUCUUGUCUCAGAGGAAGAUAGUUCCAUCAGUUGCUGUAAACCUCAGGAAGAAAGCCCCCAGGCCACAGCAAAGCCACAAGAUCAGUCAAAGGAGUCAGCGGAUGAACAGGUCAUGCCCAAGGACUUGAUACAAGCUCAAAAGGGAAAAGAAGCUGAAGCAAAGGAGAAAUUACUUUCUGACACUCCAAGGGAAGGAUCCAUACCAGGGAAACAAGAUUCUGCAGAAUCUGAUGGGGAACUCGCUGAUUUGCAAAGAGGAAGAGAUGAGGAACUGGCAGAGCACGAGGCAAUUGAACAGCCCGCAGAGAUGAUAACGCUGAGGAUAGAGGAAGAAAGUCCCAUUGUUCAGGAACCUGAUGAAGUUCAAGUUUGUGAGGGGUUGCAAGCUUCCCAAGCAACUGGCCCCACUAUUGUGGAAACAACAGAGGAGCUGCCAGAAAACACUAAAAAGGCCUUUGAGGAGAAAACACUUGAAAAGGAAAUAGCAGAAGAAUUGGGGGCUCUGGAAAGCAGUUCUGAUGAGGAGACAGUAACCACCAGGGUGAUCCGCCGGCGGGUGAUCAUUCAGGCUGAUGACAUGCUUGAUGUUCUGCCAGAGUCCGUUACAGAAGAGCAAUACACAGAUGAACAUGGAAAUACCAUUGUGAAAAAGGUUACCAGAAAGAUUAUCAGGCGCUUAGUUUCACCCGAUGGGACUGAAAAGGAGGAAGUCAUCAUGCAAGGCGCAGAGCAAGAACCAGUUACAGUUGAAGACGGAGACGGAUAUUCAAAAGUUUUAAAGCGGACUGUACUGAAAACUGAUAGUGAACAGUCAGAGCUCACAUUUUCUGAACCACAAGUGACUUCAGGCUCUGAAUUCCAGUCUGAGCAGGUUGAGGGUCGCAAAGUCAGUAAGGUCAUCAAGAAAACGGUGGUCCUUGGAGACAGGAUGGAGAAACACCUUGGAGACCCCAAGUUGGCAUCUGACCUUCCAACAGCCAAAGAUGAUUUUAAUAUGGCUCUAAGUUUUGCAGGGAACCAUGGAAAGGUUCAUAUACCAAAUGUAGCUCAAAGACAGAUUGUAAAAGAGGAUGGAUCAGUUAUUAAAAGGGCGACCAUGAGUAAAGCUAGCACACAGAAGAGGACUGUGGUGAAGGAUCAGGAGGGGAAGCAUGUACACGAGGAAAGGCUGGAGGAUGUGCCUGAAGCGCUACAAAAAGAUGACCUGAAACUCGACCUGCAACAACUUCUUGGUCGCUUUUGCAAUGAGGACUGGAAACAGGAUGAAAAAUAAACAGCUCAAAUCUCUCAUAUCUAUUCUGUCACUACUGCACGGCUUGCUCACUUGGAGAAAUUCUAUAUUAUAUUCCCAUCUGAAGAUGCUGGAGUUCCUGUGCAGAAAGGUAGAUUUGAAUUAGACUUUUCUCUUUACCAUAAGUAAAUUUGUGACCAAAGAUGGCAUCCGUAUCUUGGGUGACUUAUACUGUUUGAACCUUAGAGCUUCCUCAUGUGGCUGUGUUAGGAACAUGCAAACAUUGCUGCCUCCAAACUGCAACAACUGUUCUGAAAUUCAGAAAAUACUUCAUCCACAGGCCUCUUCUCAUUUUCUGUCGCCGAAGGACUUUACAACACAAAUGUGUAAAUAGCAAAAGUGUUUUGGCUUGUGAAACUAAGGUACGGCCUACCUUGACUACUCCAAUCACCACCAAACACAAGAUCCUUUCUUCUUUGCCGAAUUGAGUCUGACUAAAUGUCGCCAUAGUGACAGAUUGUGAGUGUGCAGGCCUAGUAGGGAGCACUUAAGAAUCUUGCAGUCCCUCAGACUUUCUCAAAGCUUAAUUAAAAUGCUAGCACCUGUACUUAAUGUAUCAGACAUAUCUCCAUUAAUUGCAUUAGUAUGAAUUUAAACGGUGGAUGUGUGGCAGGCUACAUUUGGUCGUGUAUUUCAUGCUGCCAUACUUGUUUCCAGAAAUUUGCAACUUUCUUCACUGCUUCCACCAAACACGUAGUCUUGUAUCUGUGAUCUGGUACUUUCUACUGGCACCUGCACUGUAGAUAACUGGAAUUGGGUUGAACUUUACAACAGAAAAAAAAGACAGAAUCUUUUGGUUAUUUCAGCAUUAUGUAACAAGACUGGCUUCUUUUUGUAAAUGCAUGUAGUAUUUAUAGCUGUUGUAAUCAUCUAUACAGUUGUUUAACCAUCUUUGCACUGGGAAAAUGUUUUUGCUCGCUGCCUCAACAGCAACAAAAAAUAGAAACAAUAAAAAGAAUCAAUUAUGGUAAAUAUAUAGUAUUUUUACUUGUUCAGUUCUGCCCUUCAGUGUGUUCAUAAGAUUUUAUUGUAGAUUUUUUUUUAAGUUAUUAUGGUACAGAAAAUUUGUUAAUAUGAGGAUAAUAUUUGCUCAGUGCUCAGAAAGUUAAAUAAAGGAAAUUUAAUUGACUCACUCAAUCAGUGCAGGCAAAAUGUCAAUUUUGUUUUGUCAGUGUCAAGGCCUGCACAGACUGAAUACAAGAACCAUCAGAGAGAGUGUAUAACUGUUUUAGCCAUGCCAUGUGGUGUUACAUGCAGCACAGAUGAUGUCUCUGUAAUUACGUUUUGAUUUAUACUUUUUUUUUGCUGUGUAAUCAAAGAACUUCAGAACUGUGAGAAGGAGUGAAUUUUAAUUUGACGAAUCAGCAUCUUGUUCCCAUGGUGAUAAAAAUAUUGUAUAUGAUAUCUAUGAGGGCAUGUAUUAGAAUAAAAAUAAAUGGAAGCAAACUUAAAACACUAACCAAUACAUAGCAACUGCAAUGUGUAAAAUGGCUGAUUUAAUUAAAAUAAAAUGUACAAGUGUUACAUGUAA